AGAGAUUUGUUCUAAAAUAGCAAGAAGACGUUUAUUGUUCAUUAAAAUAGCUCACUAUAUCAUAGCAUUAGAGUGUCGUAACUUCUCCUCCGACUGCACAUCUUUGAGAGGAAUGCCGACACACUCCCACUUAGUGCGCCAGACGCUUCGUUUGGCUAGAGUUCUUCCCCAUUGUACAGCGUCGACUCGACAAGUGGUGGCAAAACGAUCACUGCACUGUGUACGCCAAAACACGGGCGUUAAACUCGGUCAGCACCAUGUAAUCUCGUCUGAUAUAUACAAUAGUAUACGUACUGUAACCCGAUACCCCCCCGUGUCUAAGGUAACAGUAUGGAAGCAGAGCCGCCGUCAUCGCUCGGUUGUCACUGACAGCGAUAGUGACGUAGAGCAUCACGAGAACAGCAGGAGGAAUGAGCUGAAGUGGGGCAUAUCCCGGUCACCUACAUAUAUCAAGGCACACACUAACGAGAGCACGUGCAACAAGGCAUAUACAUCAAAAUCUGGUGAAUUGGUCUUGGACUGGCAGGAUGGGCACAGAAGUGCAUUCCAUUCGCUAUGGUUGAGAGAUAACUGUCAGUGCAAUGAGUGCGUGCACCCCGAUUCCUUCCAGAAGCUCUCCUGUAUAGCUGAUAUUGGUCUAGAGCACCGAAUUGUGGGAACGCCUGUUAUAGACUCCAGUGAAAGCACGGCCACUAUAACAUGGGAGGACCAACACGUGGGCCAGUAUCCUCUGGAAUGGCUCCGAGAAAUGUGCAGGGACAGCAAGUACCGCAAAGCUGAUUGGAGGAGAUCAGAACCCAUCCAUCAAUGGGGAAAAGAAUUCAGUGACAGGCUCAUGUCAGUCGAUUUCUCGGAGUAUAUGAAAACGGACAACACCUUAUACUCCUCAUUACACGAGUUACACACAACCGGGAUCUUUUUGGUCAGGAACAUCCCCACAGAAGGUGUCGUUGGACCCAUAGCCGAGCGCAUUGGUCCUAUUAGGAACACCUUCUACGGCAACACAUGGGAGGUGCGGUACGAACCAAACCCCACCAACAUCGCGUCCAGUUCAUUCUCACUACCCUUACAUCAAGAUCUGCAAUACUUUGAGUCACCCCCUGGGCUACAGUUGUUACACUGUGUGUCUGCUGCGCCCGGCGGGUUGUCAGAGUUUAUCGACGGAUUAGCCGUAAUCAAUCGCAUGCGUGAAGAGCACCCAACCGAAUUUGAGACCUUGGUGAGGUUACCAGUCACAUACCACUACCGAUCCGCCAACGAAUACCGUGUAUUUAAGGAGCAAAUCGUCAAACUCAACGAAGACGGCAGCGUCAAGCAUCUGAAAUACUCACCGCCAUGGGAGGCCCCUUCGGACCUUCCUAAUAGCGAGAUGACCGCAUUCUACUCGGCGUAUCAUCUGUUUACUGAGAUGUGCCGUCGCGACGAGUUUUUGAUGAAAUUCCAACUGACCCCCGGCGAUUGUGUGGUGUUUGACAAUCGCAGAAUAUUGCACGCCCGUACCGAGUUCAACCCUGGGUUUCCCAGAUUACUUCAGGGCACUUACGUAGACACGUGUGACUUCAACAGCACCUACGGAACAAUGCGACUUCGUAAUAAAUCUCUGUGAGCCCUGUAACAGUGUCGCCGAAAAUAGUAUAGACCUUCCUUUCGAAGUAAACUUAGGAAUAUAGAAAUAAAAUUGUCAGUGUGCAA